CCGCCGCAUUCCAAAAAUAUUCAGCGCCGGGCACGCUUAUCUGAAAUUCAUACUAACGUACUCCGUACCCAUUUUCUCUGACCUCCUUCCCGUUCGUGGGAAGUUUAAACCGCGAGAUAUUCGGCCUCAUUACGCUUUAGUUUUUUUAGGUUGCGAACGGGAGAGCUUGUCUCUUAACGCCGAUUUUCGAAGGCCGCCCUACUCCUACCCUCCUCCCCCGCAAUCCGCCCCCGACACAAACAUGGCCAAAGAGCCGCCAACGAAGAAGUGCCUCGGUGCCGACUGCGAAAACGAAGCCAGCUCGCUCCAGUGCCCCAAGUGUCUAAGUCUUGGUAUUAAGGACAGCUACUUCUGUUCCCAGGAAUGCUUCAAGAAGAACUGGGCUACCCACAAGAAUAUUCAUAAGCAAGAAAACAAAACCGGCUACUACAACCCCUUCCCGACGUUCAACUUUACCGGCCCCCUCCGGCCAGUCUAUCCCCUUUCCCCGAGACGCGAGGUCCCCAAGUCGAUACCCCGUCCCGACUACGCCGAAGAUGGCAUUCCAAAACACGGCAGGUCCCUCGUCAGGACCAACAAGAUUGAGCAACUAGACGCCAAGGGCCAGGAAGCCAUGCGCAAGGUCUGCCGGCUGGCGCGCGAGGUGCUCGACAUUGCAGCUGCUGCAAUCCGCCCGGGAAUCACGACGGACGAAAUCGACGAGAUUGUUCACAAUGCUUGCAUCGAACGGAAUUCUUAUCCAUCACCCCUCAACUACAACCACUUCCCUAAGUCGGUCUGCACCUCCGUCAACGAGGUGAUUUGCCACGGGAUACCUGACAAGCGUGUCCUGCUUGACGGAGACAUCAUCAACCUCGACGUCACGCUGUACCAUGAGGGCUACCAUGGCGAUCUGAAUGAAACAUACUACGUCGGCGACCGGGCUAAGGCUGACCCCGACACGGUCCGCGUCACCGAGACGGCCCGCGAGUGCCUCGAGGAGGCUAUUAAGCUGGUCAAACCCGGAACGUUGUUCCGCGAGUUUGGAAAUGUCAUUGAAGCUCAUGCCAAGUCUAGGGGCUGCAGCGUCAUCCGAACCUACGUCGGCCAUGGCAUCAACAGCGUCUUCCACUGCCCGCCCAACAUCCCACACUACGCAAAGAACAAGGCCGUUGGCGAGUGCAAGCCUGGCAUGACCUUUACCAUCGAGCCCAUGAUCGCCCUGGGCAAAUACAGGGACGUCACGUGGCCUGAUAACUGGACCAGCACGACGAUCGACGGAAAGAGGACAGCUCAGUUCGAGCACACCCUCUUGGUGACGGAGACGGGCGUAGAGGUUCUGACAGCCCGGAAAGCGGACUCUCCAGGUGGGCCGGUUCCGAUGCCGCCCGCAGCGGCGAACGGAACGAGCUAGGACAGCAUCUAGUCAAGAGGUAGAACUGUUCAUAGUUAUGUUAUCGUGACCGCAAGUUCUGUGAUACCCGGGAAAUAACUCCCACGCGAGGAAGCACGAAGCAAACAGCCCUUGAUACCCUAGACGUCCAUAAGGCGAACUGACGGUUUCUUUUGGACCGUGGCUCGCACAUCGGACACCAGCUCUGCAGAGUAAAAAGCCAUUGAACAUGUUGUCAAAAAUGCAUUGUUCAACCUCGACCACUCCCGAAUCUGUAU